GCUUCAUCAGCAGAGCCGGUUAGCUGUACAAGCAAAGGCCAGUGGAGCAGACCGUUUCCAACAUGCAAGAAAUCUUUCUGCAACCGGCCUCCAUGGACGUGAGUAACGGAGUACUUAGUUUCAGUGACAAUCACGGAUAUCACGACUUUGGCAGUUCUGUGACGUAUGUGUGUAGCAGAGGGUACGAGUUAAGUGAUACUAAAAAUGCAAUACGGAUAUGCUUACCGAAAGCAAAGUGGUCCGGUACAGCACCGCAAUGUAGAGCUGUUGAUUGUGGAGAUCCUCAAGUGCCACAGAACGGAAACUUCGUUGGAAGAACAACGUAUCUCCAAAAUGUCAAAUUCAUUUGCAACAAAGAGAUAAUCUGUCCUGAAUUAAAGGCUGAUCCGCUUUCAAAUGCCUUUCUUACCUACACUGGAAAUCGCUACGCAAACGUUUCAACUUACAAAUGUCACUCAGGUUAUGAAAGAUUGAAAGAGAAAAAAUGCCCCGUUUUGAAAAACCCAAACAAUGGCUUUUUAACACAAGAAGAUAGCAAUAGCUACGACUAUGGUAGCAAAGUUGUCUAUGACUGCAACAGUGGGUACUUGUUGAAAGGAAAUAGAAGAAGAACAUGUCAAGCAUCCGGACAAUGGGAAGGAGAGAGACCAACUUGUCAGAACGCAUGCGCAAAUAUUAAGUGCCAGUCAUAUGAAGAGUGCAAAUACAACAGUGUCAAGAAAAGUGGUGAAUGUCGAUGUUUGGAUGUAUCUAAAUGUCCAUCAGACAGCAGUGAAGUUUGUGGCUCAAACGGGAAAACAUACCAAAACGAAUGCGUGAUGAAGACGUCUAGUUGCCACGAGGGAAAGAACAAUGUCAAAGUAGUAGCAGUUGGAAAGUGCCAUUAUGGUGGAAAUUGCCGAGGUCCUCAGCCUGCGCCUCCAGAUGGUGCCACGUGCAGACCGCGUACUUACCGAUACUGGUUCAAUGCAAGUACUGGACAGUGUAAACGAUUCGCUUUCGGCGGCUGCUUUGAAGGAACAAACAACUUUUACACUGUGGAGGAUUGCCAACAGAAAUGCAUUGAUAGUAAGAUUUUCAAUCUCAUUGUUAGCAUCAUUCCUUUCUCUAGUAAAGGAAAUCUUCCUGCAUGA